UCAAAAACUUCCGGGCGCGCGUUGGCCGGCUCAUCGAUCGAACCUUCGUCGACGUGCGUACGUACUCGCGCCAUGGCCGCCGCCGCCGCGUUGGGUGGCGUGGAUGAUCUCGACUUCGACUUGGGUUUUAUGGACGGGUUCGAGUUCGACUUGCUGGACAUGGACCUCACCGAGUUCUGCGGCGGCGACGGCGAGUGCUUGCUGCCCGCCGUGGCCGAUAAGGAGGGCGGUUUCGGUUUGGAUCCGGGUUCUCGUGAUGGUGGCGACGGCGGGAGAGAGAGCUCGCCGGACUCCGUGGUGACGGACGACGGCGCGCCGCCGUCGGAGUCGCAUGGGGAUCGCGACGACGGCGGGAUGUCGACCUACGCGAGCGAGCUGGAGAGGUUCCUCAUGGAGGACGACGAUGGCGGGGACGCCGGCGGGCCGCUCGAUCUGAAGGAGCCUGCCGCGGACGACUACUUCUUGGGUGAUCUCGACGGCCGUUACGCCGAGCCGGCGACUCCAGGGAAGGAUCUCGUCCUCGACGACUACUUCUUGGGCGAUCUCGUCUCGUACGACUACUUCUACGAUCUUGCUGCUGCGGACGAUGCUGCAUCACCGGCGACGGAGGAGGAGGAUGAUUCUGCUCGCGAGGACGACUACUACGAAGCGACCUCGAGGAAGCGCGCAAGGCAGAGGAAGGGCGCCGCUGCGGUGUCACGCGAAGCAGAGCUCCGGGGAGCGCCGGUGAUGCAUGGCAUCUCGUCGAUCUCGACUGGAAUCGGGUGCCGGCCCCUUGGUCACCAUUGGCUGCAUCCCUGCACCACAGUGUGCCUGUUGGCCUGAUCGAUCAUCGAUCAACCUGCAGUUACGGUCCGUCUGGGAGAAAGAUCGCGACGGCGCCUGCCUCAGGUAUUCGAACCGGUAGGUGAAAAUUUCAGAGGAACACCUGCAUUUCCCUGCGUUCUUCUAUGAUAUUUUCUGCCUUACGCACCAACCCUGCCAUUGGACGACUAAAGUCAUGGGACGAACCAGGGACUCGGCACAGACUCCUCUGUUCGGAGUAGAAAAUUUUGGUAGCAACUCUCGAACAACACGUUUUCAAAAGGAAAAGAAAGCUCGUUUUCUAAUGCGCUAGUACACCUAAUACUCCCCUUCUCGUACACACACAUCCUGUACACGUUCCGUAUACCGGUAGCACAAUUCGUUGACUAUCUGCCUAAUACAGGACCCAUCUCAUACACAUUCCGUAUACCGGUAGCAUUCCGUAUGCCUAAUGCUUGAUACUUAGUUUCUACCACUACCAGUAAAGAGCUUGGUGGUUGAUGUACGUUUGAAGUACAAGAAGAAACCUUUUACUAGGUAGAGAAUGUUAAUUUUUUGUUCUCGACCGUCCAGAAUUUUUUUUCUCUGAAAAUCCAGUGAGCACCACCAAUCGUCCAGGCUUGUGCUUAUUCAGUGUGGGCCGCAUAUAAUCUUAAUCGUCCAGGCUUGUGCUUAUCGGUUGUUGUAGGUUUAGAAGUACAAGAAACCUUUUUUGUUUCUACGCAUCAUCGUCAAGCCUUCUUUUAGCACCUUCAACCGUCCAGGCUUGUGUUUGUUCAGUGCGGGCAGCAUAUAAUCUUGCUCAUGCUGUUCGUUCUUUGGGUAGAGAGAAGCUUCAAUGGUUGUGGCCCUUGUGGCCCUGUGCAGUCCAUCCAUGAAAAAAACUGGAAGCGACUGUGGUCUGAUCUAUGUCAGACUUGAGGAACCACUGGUGCUCAGCUGCAGCAACGAGCGUUUUUCCCUCUAGUUACGAAGGCUGCGUCGUGAUGAACUAGUGGAACGCAGUUUCCUGUAUUGUCAGUUUAUACCAAGCAAGAUUGGAAGGUAUGACUUUGAAAACAAGGUCAGUCUGAACACAGUUUCCUUCAUUGCCAGUUUCCUUCAGAAUUAAGCAGUGGCAGUGGCAGUGGCUGUGGCUGUGCAUGUGGCUGUUACAUUCCUAUGGUCUGUGUCGUGUGAUGUGUGAAUGAUCACAACACUCUUUGAAGCCUAGAUCUUCUAUCUAUUAAGUCCGAGAUCCCAUCCUCUGUUCCAGUAUCCAUGGACUCCACCACCGUAUGGGUGAUGCAGGCAUGAACUUGAGUCUCUAGAAUUUUUCUCCUUCACAUUAUCUGUUCAAUCGAGUGCUGCGAUUCAUGCUAAAAUCUCUAGCAAGCGACUCGUGUGUAGGCUUUUAUUCCAGGUUUCUUUUCGCCUACCUACCUUUCCCAAUUCAGGGUUUAGUAAACAAUUGGAGCUUUUUUCCUCUAUUAGAUUUUGCAGUUAGCAAUGGGAGCAAUGAAAAGUUUAUUUUAGUAAACAAUUGGUUUCUGGUAAACAAAAUCUUCAAUUGCAAAAGCUCGGCGAAUGAACAUAACCACAAACGUUUUAGAGAAAUCAAAAUAUAUUUUACUUACAUUUUUUGAAGCUAUAUAUUUUACUUAGAUUGAAAAAAGGAUCUUCUUAUGUAUCAACAAAUAACAUACUAUUAGUGAUAUUUGACGGUCUCGACUUGUGUAUCUCCUAAUUAACAUAGCAUUUUGCACAAAGUAACUUUAACUUAAUCAUGCAUUAAUCAUACACGCAAAUGCGCACGAUCAAGAUCAAAGACUCACGAAAAGAUAUCAUAACACAACUCUAGACACAAAUUCAAACAUAAAGAUUUAUAUUACAAGCCAGGGCCACAAAGGCUUAAGUCAGUGGAAGCAACAAUAUAUGAGUAGAGACAUAGGAUAAACAAGUCUAGCUUAAGAAGGCUAGCAAAACAAUGAUACUAGAUCGAAAAGGCGCAGGCCUCCUGCCUGGGGUCCCCCAACUAUUCCUGGUCAUCGGUGGUCUCUAGGUAGUAGUAGGCUCCGUCGGUGUAGUAGUAGUCAUUGGCGGGAUCAGCUGGCUCCUGGACUCCAUCAUCUGAUCGCAGCAAUCGGGUAGAGGCGUAAAGAGGUAGCAAAGCAAUUGGGUAUUGAGUAUGCAUCAUAUCUAUACUAAGUAUGCAUCGGUAUCAAAGGAAUGUGCAUCUUUGGACUAUACUGCAAAAAUGCCAGAACAGAAGGGAAGACCAGCGUCUUGCAGCAUUAGAAGAGUGCAUAUUUGCAUAUCAUAAAGUCAAAAGUAUAUUUUAGUAACGCCAAGAGAUCCUUCCUCCCUACGAGAAAGCGAUCCCGGAGCUAUCAUAUCCAUUUAGUAGAUCGGGAUACAACUCCGAGCGUCGGUUACCGUGGAUAUGGCUAGUCGAAUAGAUUACUUCCUUGCAGGGGUGCACCAACUUACUAAACACGAUCGAUUAACUCCGACUAGACACACUUUUUCGGGUCAUGUCCAGCCUCGGCUGAUCAACACACCGUAGUCCUACCUAGGCUCAACAGAGAGGUCAACAUGCCUGUCUACAUCCUAAGCGCUAAGGGGUCUUGGGCCCAUCACCCUUUGCACUCCUGCGCGCUCGGCCUGGAGCAGACCCACCCCUUAAUACAAGCGCAAGUGGUUCCCAUCCAAUCGGGCGCGCGCCACUCAAUUGCUGACGUCCGAAGAGCUUUUAGAGAAUCGUACGACACCGAGUGCCCAUACUUAUUCCCACAUGGUAGUUAGUGCGAAAAGGCUAGAGGCCUACUCAGAUCACAUAUCCAAACCCGUUAGUGUCUUGGGAACGCGCGGAGACGAUCCGUGAUCUUGUCGCCCGUCUCGAGGACUUACGGCAAGGGUCAGCCCUGUGACACCCCGAUAGUUAAGCUACAAUAACCCCUAUUAAUGAUGCCAGGUCAUCAUAAUUAAAAUUUUGCUAAAUCUUACUCGUUUCAAGGUAAAUUCAAAUGACAAGUCAAAUUAUAGUUUCUUAAAACAGUAAAGCAAAAAUGUUCGUAUUAUUCUAUAAUUUCCCCUGAUCAAUUGUCAUGUUGAAACAAACUUCAUUUGACUCACAAAUAAAUUUGUAGUAAUUUAACAAAUGGUCCAACAACAAGUAAAACGACCUUUUCAAAAUAAACAAUUAUUUGUUUAACUCAAAUUGCCUCCAAACCUUGUGAGCAUGCUAAAAAAUAAUGCCUAGUAUUUAUGUGCCUAAUACCAUAUUUAACAAAAGUCAAUGGGUAGCAAAUGUUAAUACAAAACAGUGGAGAUAGAAUAAGAAAAAAAAGAAAACAAAAGGAAAAAGUGCUAGCUAAUACUGUACUAGUGGGCUCUAUGUGCAACAGUGCUAUGGCCCAGCCCAAUGGGGUUCAUCCCCUUCUUCUGUACAGGACAAAGGGCGUGGCGGCCAUCCACCGGCUCCAUAGCCAGCAGGGUGCACGCGCCGUCCAUCCACUACCUCCCCGCCGUCUACAAGACCAUCUCGACACCUAGACGAACCCUAGUCGUCCACUCCUUCCCCCUCGCGACGUUCUCUUCCUCCGCGCACACACCUGAACCACCACCGCCAUGGCUGUCGUCAUUCACGCGCUCCCCACCAUCCUCGAAGCCUGAGGUCGCCCCCCUGGACUUCGUCGUCGCCCGCUACUUCCUCUACUGCCUCCUGUUGAAGCUUGGCGCCACUACAUCGCCUGCAUCGAGUCAUCUUCCACCUCCGCCGCUGAUACGUCUCCGUCGUAUCUAUUUUUCCAAACACUUUUGACCUUAUUUUGGACUCUAACUUGCAUGAUUUGAAUGGAACUAAUCUGGACUGACGCUGUUUUCAGCAGAAUUACCAUGGUGUU